AUGAAUAAAAAUUGGGGAAGCGAAUCAGGGUUUCAGCUCCACAAAACCGAAACAUCGGUGCUUCUCACCCCAGAAGGAGAAUUCAAGGCGUUCGGCUCGGAGGCUUCCAAGGCGUAUGCUGAUCUUGAGGAAAGUGACGCUAAGGAGCACUACUACUUUCACCGUUUCAAGAUGAAACUCCACACUGAGAAGACUUUAUCGAAAGACACCACGAUUGAAGAUGUGAACGGGAAAAAGCUACCGGCACUCGACAUUUUCGCCCAUGCCAUGCGUUACCUGAAGGACCACAUGCUGAACGCCAUUAAGCUGACUGUGUCCGCUGAAACGACGCUAGAGAACGACGACAUCCGCUGGGUACUGACUGUUCCUGCCAUCUGGGACGACAGUGCGAAACAGUUCAUGAGACAGGCAGCCUAUAAGGCCGGAAUAGCCAGUGAAGCGAAGGAAGGGCAGUUGCUGAUCGCACUGGAGCCAGAGGCAGCGGGGAUAUUCUGUCGCCAGGACUCAACCCAGAACCACCUUCUGGACAUCAAGCCGGGAGACCGAUACAUGAUCGUGGACUGCGGCGGCGGUACUGUAGACAUAACAGUACACGAAAUCAGUGAAAACGGCAAAGUCAAGGAGGUGACCACAGCGUCUGGGGGAGACUGGGGAGGCACGAAGGUGGACGUAGCGUUUCUCGGACUACUGGACAACAUCUUCGGUGCAGACAUAAUGACCCAGUACAGAGUAGCGCACCCAAAUGAGUACCUCAUUCUCCUCAAUGAAUUUGAAACUAAGAAGCGGUCCACUGGCCCCGGUGAUUCCGAGAUAGUCGCGGUUCACCUGGGGUACAGCUUUUUUCAGUUUUACCGUGAGCACAAGGAAGGGUGUACUGCACAGCAGGCUAUAGAGCAAUAUGAUUCAAAAGAGGUCGCAUUCUCUAAUGGAAUGAUUCGAAUACACCACUCAGUCAUGAAAUCAUUUUUCACACCAGUUAUUGAUUCAAUUCUUGCCCAUCUCGACAAACUGGUAUCAAACGAAGAAGUGACCCCUCUAAAGUACAUGUUUAUGGUGGGUGGCUUUUCCGAGUCUCCCAUACUGCAGCACGCAGUUAAGGAAAAGUUUCAAGGUGCGUGCACUGUUCUUGUACCUGAAGGGUGCGGGUUGUCUAUAAUCAAAGGUGCAGUUAUGUUUGGGCACAACCCUUCUUCCAUAGCGGCCAGAAAGUCCAAAUACACCUAUGGAACUGCGGUAUGUGUGCCAUUUGAGCGAGAGCACCACCCAGAGAGGCUGAAGGAAUGGAUUGACGGCAAGUUAUUGUGCACGAGAGUGUUCACGAAGUUUGUCGAGGCAGGGCAGUUAGUGACGGUGGGUGAGGUUUCGGAGCAUGUUUUCUCUCCGUCCUCACUGCUUCAACCGGCUAUGGGCAUUGAAAUAUUCAGAACAGAAGAAAGAGAGGUUCAUUAUUGUGAUGACGAGGGUGUCACCAAAUGUGGCUAUGUAGUUGUGCGCUUACCACCCCCUAUUCCCGGCCUAACCCGCGCAGUACGGGCUACACUAACCUUCGCUGAAACUGAAAUAAAAAUUGAUGCCUUUGCCUUGGGUAGCGGUCAGAGGGCAUCUACAAAAAUCGACUUCCUACAUGACUGAGGCUAUCGCUUUG